GUAACUUGCAGAGUUGUAGGUGGCGUGUUUCUGUGUAACGUGCUGACUUUGAGUCAGUUUGCUAGGAUUUUGGUAUAAACAAAUUGCUACAUUUGAAUUUUGUUAUUCAUAGAUAGAUAUAGAUAUUCAUGUGAUUGUGAUGCAAAAUAGGUCUACCAAUCUAGCGGACAAAAAAAAUCAACCCGUGGCAGCACUUCAAAAGUAGCUCAAUUCCACGGAAAACCUGCGCACCUGGCAACCCUUACAUCCACGGCUGUGAGGGACGUGCGUAACCGGAAAGAAAAUAGUUGGUUAUCCGGUCAAUGACUUCAAAAUAAAUGUCUUUCGUGAAUACGUUUCAAGAACAGAGGCUCAUUGAGGUUCUGUUACGCAAAAGCCGGUUUAAAUGGAAGCAACGUGUAAGAAAAUGAAAAUCAUCUUAAACUCGUUAUCUAAACACGAUAUACUUUCCUCAGCAAAGUCGGUGCCUAUCAAAUUAAUCUACCCCCCAAAAACUUCCGGUUACAUCUUCCAAAGUACAAGUCUUGGAGGACAGCAGCAAGACACAAGAUUGAUAAAAAGACACAUUCAACUUGCAAUUUGAACAUUAUCUACAAACAAAGUCAACAAAUUAAUUCAUCAGUCUUCAGGUCUAUUUAACUGUUAUUCCCACUGUGCAGUGUGUACUACUCCCCAUGAGUCGUUACUCUGUGUUGCCAUUUCUGCCUAGGACAGUCAGUUUGAUUGUGUUGCUAUGCAACGAGUCAACAAAAACAGAUGCGGAGGCUGCAGGUAGAUGCAGACAUGUCGUCCAGUUACUCAGCAAAUCAGUAUGACAGCGCCUUCAGGUCGCAGAGGCUACAGAACUGGUGUGAGACUAAGCGCUUCAAAGAGAGACCCAAUGCACAGGAGGGUCACACCACAUUCAUUGCCAACGAUAGAGGACAUCUGCUCCCAGGAGUGGUUAAGAGUGGCAGUGCAUGGCCAGACUUUAAGGGGACCUGGGAUCUACCGGCUCGUAUCCCAGUCCACCGCAUCAACCCUACAGGGCGCUCAGUGGAGGGUCUCAACAGGCUGAAGUCCUGGGGCGUUGACCCACAGUGCACUGGAUUAUCUCAGCCACACAGCUGCAGAAAAAACUCAGAAAGGCUGCAGGAUGUUGGCAAGCAGACCAGUGGGGACAUACAUCAGGACUGUGCUGCCCCAUCCACAGCUGUGGCCCGACCAGCAUCUCAGAACAGCCCCGUCACUGGAGGUGAGGGAACUGCCAGCCAAAACCAGGACUUGCAGGCAGCUGUGGUUGGAUCCGUCGCUCAGUCUGCUGAGGACAAACAAGCUACUCAGGCUACUGGGGAAGACAGACCAUCGGGCCAAUGCUCUGCGGCUGAAGAGAAACCAGCUUUGAGCCAAGCUGCUGCAGGGGGAAACAGCAGCAGCCCUGAAACCGGCAAAGGGAGACCAGUGAGCAGUGUGUCAGAGAAAGCAGCAGCAUCAUCCUCCAUGCAGAGACACAGAAACGCACAGGAAGACCAGUGAACU